AGUAUGGGCGUCCCGGGUUCGAUCCCCGGUCACGACACUUUUGAUUCCUUUAGUGAACAAGAGUCCCGAAGUCUCAAAGAGCUCUAUGGUCCUGAAGCUGGUGAUGAACCUUCCUGGAUGCAAGAAUGUCACUCUCCUACAGCUGCUAACGAGAUUAGCCGAGCAAUAUAUCAACAAUGCAAAAAGUUCCGUCUAUUCUCGAUGUCAGACUCCAGCAUGGACGAAGAAAAGGAAAUUGAGCUGGUUCAUGAAAAGGAAGUUGAAAGAGUUAUAGAGCGCCCUCAGCCCGCAACCGCUGCACCACAUUCUAUCCACAAAAAGGUUAAGAAAUUUGUUCAGACCGGGAACUUUCCUCAAAAUUCUGGCAUCUUUUGUAGAGUCAACGAUGCUUUGCUACAUACAUCGAUCCCGAUCCCUCAAGGCCUUCAAAUUGCCUUUACGGAUCUCCGCCUUACUCAGGAUUUUUGUCGAACAAUCACAACGUCUUCAUCCACAUCUUCAUCGUUGACAUUGUUCAAUGGGGAGAUGGACCACUAUAUUCGACCCGUCGAAUGGCUUGUGAUCCCUAACAAGUCCCACCCGGCUUGUGUUGUAGUAUUCAGCCCUUUUGAGGUGAACGAACUUUUCAACGAGAUUAGAUCUUCGGGUAACGUUCGUCUAUACGUCUUUGCUGCCCGUAACACCGUCUCGAUGAGGCCCUUUGACACGCUUGAUUCCUUUAUAAUCCCAAGACAACAGACCGACCCGAUCCUACCCCCCAGCCUGAUCAGGAUUCAAAAUAUAAGCUGA